GUGUCCGGUGGUGGCAGCGGCAGCAGCGGCAACGGGAACAGAUCGGUCGUGUGUGUGUUUCUCUCCGCACAGAGCACGCGCCUGCGUGCACCCUUGAAUGUGGUCUCCUGCAGUUCGCCUUCUGCUCAUUGUGCGCCGGUGUUUGCUUGGUUGCGUUCUGGUCGUGUCCUUCAUUGCUUCCACGAUGCUACCAUCUUUUGCCUUGCGGUAUGGAUUAGCGCCCGACCAAGAAUAGUCUUCGAGCAACUUCAUGGGGGACGACACAAGCGUCCGUGUGGCCGUUCGGGUGCGGCCCUUGAUCCCGCGCGAGGUGAUUGACAUGUGCCACGCCUGCACGAGCGUGGCCUCCGGGGAGCCCCAGAUCUGGGUGGGCAAGGACAAGGCCUUCACUUUCGACCACGUCUUCGACUGCCCCACCCACCAGGAGCGGGUCUACGACACCUGCGUCAAGGCACUGGUCGAAGGGUGCUUCGACGGCUACAAUGCCACGGUCCUUGCCUACGGCCAGACUGGGUCCGGGAAGACGUACACGAUGGGCACUGGGUACGGCCUGAACCUGAACGAGCACGAGCGAGGCGUCAUUCCCCGGGCGGUGGAUCACCUCUUUGCCGGCAUUGCUCGGCGCCAGGCAGAGGCCCGGGAGAAGGGGGCCCCUGUCCCGGACUUCAAGGUGCACGUCCAGUUCAUGGAGCUUUACAAUGAAGAAAUCUUCGACCUCCUGAACUCCGGAAAGGACGAUCGGGGAAGCAAGUCUGGCAUCAAAAUCCACGAGGACGUGAAGGGCGAGAUCUAUACCAUAGGAGUGGCCACUAAGACCGUUCAAAGUGCCGAACAGGUGAUCAAGUGCCUAGAAUCGGGGGCCCUCUCUCGCACCACGGCCAGCACGGCGAUGAACGUCCAGUCGUCCCGGUCCCAUGCCAUCUUCACCCUGCACAUCAAGCAGCAGCGCGUCGUCACCCUACCACUGCUGGAAGGUGCGGAGGAGGAGGAGGACGGUGGAGAGGCCUUGAGCGAGUUUGAGACCCUGACGGCCAAGUUCCACUUUGUGGACCUGGCCGGAUCGGAGCGGCUCAAGCGAACUGGAGCCACGGGGGACCGGGCCAAGGAAGGCAUCUCCAUCAAUUGCGGCCUCCUGGCUCUGGGGAACGUCAUCUCCGCACUGGGCGACGCCUCCGGCAAGAUCUCUCACGUCCCGUACCGGGACUCGAAGCUGACCAGGCUACUCCAAGACUCGCUGGGCGGGAACAGCCGCACCCUGAUGAUAGCGUGCGUGUCGCCGUGUGACCGGGACUUCAUGGAGACCCUGAACACGCUGCGGUACGCCAACCGUGCCAAGCACAUCAAGAACAAGAUCACGGUGAACCAGGACAAGUCGAGCCAGACCAUCGCCCUGCUCAGGCGGGAGAUACAAGACCUGCAGCUGGAGCUCAUGGAGUACAAGCAGGGCAAGCGGCUGGUGGGAGAGGACGGUGUGGAGCAGGUCAACGACAUGUUCUACGAGAACACGAUGCUCCAGACGGAGAACGGCAACUUCCGCACGCGGGUCAAGGCGCUCCAGGAGACCGUGGAGCGGCUGACAGUGAAGAACACGGAGCUGCUGGCGGAGCAGGCGGCCGCGGCCUGGAUCGGACGGGACGGUUCGGAUGCCGGGGACGUGAAGGUCCUCAUCCAGGGCUACCUCAAGGAGGUGGAGGAGCUCCGGACCAAGCUGCUGGAGUCUGAGGAGGUGUGUGGCCAGCUGAGGAAGCAGCUGCAGCGGUCGCAGGCCCGCCUGUUGCCGAGCCCCACGACAGUGGCCGUGAGCGGGGUCUACGACGUGGGCGCGGAGGAGGCGAGCGUGGACGACGUGCUCGCCCAAGCCAAGAGGGACGUGGAGUGCCUCACGCGCAAGACCAAGCACCUAUCCAGGGCACAGAGAGAGGAAGAGGAAGGGGAGAAGAAGUCUGAUGCGGACGAGGACACAGCCGAGGCCAACGGCAACGACGAGAGCUCCGAGUCCGAAGUGGAGGCCGACGAGGACGAGAGGUACAGCCAGGACCUGGUGAACCUGACGAUGGAGAUCUCGUGCAAGCAGAAGUUGAUAGAGCAGCUGGAGCAGAGCCAGCGGCGGCUGCACACGAUGCGCAUGCACUACGAGGAGAAGCUGGUGCAGCUGCAGGCCCGCAUACGGGAGACGGAGCUCGAGAGGGACCGCAUCCUCUCCAGCGUGGGCAGCGCUGGGCCCUCCAAGGACUCGGAGGAGAAGGUGCGCAAGAUCCGGGGGGACUUUGAGCGCCGGCUGGGCCAGCUGCAGGGGGAGCUGAAGAAGAUGCAGGCGGCCAGGCGGGAGCACGCCCAGCUCAUGAAGAACCAGGCCGAGUACGAGCGCCAGGUGCGCAAGCUCAAGCAGGAGGUGGCCGACAUGAAGAAGACCAAGGUGUCGCUCAUGACGAAGAUGAAGGAGGAGAGCCGUCGUCACCAGGAGGCGGAGAAGCGGAGGCAGCGUGAGGUGGCCCAGAUGCGCAAGGAGAACCGGCAGCAGGAGAACCGCAUCCGCUCUCUCGAGGCCCAGAACCGCACCAAGGAGAUGGUGCUCAAGCGGCGCCACGAGGAGGUGGCCGCCCUCCGGCGACAGACCCGCCCCAUGUCCAGUCGCGUGGCGGGACGCCUUGGGGGGAAUGGCAAGGCUCUCUUGGUCUCUCCCAGGGUGGCCAAGCAGAAAUGGCAGAUGCUCGAAAAAAACAUUGACAAGCUUGUCAUGAGCAAGCAGAACAUCUACACCCUGGAACGGGACAUGGAGCGUUGGCUCAUGGAGAGGGAGAAGCUGACGCGACACCUUGACAAGCUGAUUCGCAAAAGAGACAAGGCUCGGCUUGCCGGAAAGGACGAGCGCUAUGUGCACGACCUGGAGGAGCAGGUGGAAGGGCUGCAGGCGAAUGUGCAGUAUGUGAACAUGGAGAUCACGGACUGCCAGGCCAACAUCCUGCAGCUGGAGGAGCCCAAGGAGGAGCUUCUGGACGUGGCCUCGCUUCUGGACGGGACCGAGUCCCCUCAGGCACGCUACCUCGUCGACAAGCUGCUGCACAUGGCCAUCAACCAGAGUGUUCAGGCAAACCAGCACCAGGCGGCGGUGCAGGAGCUGGAGGCCAGGCUGCGGCAGGUGGAGGCCAACAAUGCCAUGCACCAGGACCUGCUGGAGCACAGCCUGUAUGCCAUGCAGAUGGACGUGCUUGCCACCGAGGAAGCAGCGAGCACCCCCAGUUCGCGGUCCGUGUCUCCCACCCUGACCUUCACGGCCGCAUCGGAGGUGGGCAGCCUCGACACCAGCAACGUGACCUUCCGGAGAAGCAAGGCGCGCCGCAAGACGGCCACCCCUCAAGAGCUGCUGUAUGCGUCCAGCAUGGAUGCUUCGCUGCCGUCGCUGCCUCAGACGGAGGAAGCGUCCACGGAUCCCCCGCAUGCCCUGCCGGCCAUGGAGGACGUGAUGGCCAUGUCGCAUCCCGACGGGGCCUGCUUCGACCUCGGACCCGACGGGAACCUGACCAGGGUUUCCAGUGCACCGGGAUCCCUCAAGGAGGUGGGGGUGGACGUGCGCCCCGUGCCAAAGGGUCACCUCGGAGCCCAGCGCAAGUUCACCAGGCCAGCUGAACUCUCACCCCUGCUUAGGAGGAAGUUUGCCAAUACUAACUCUAACCAGCUGCGAAAAGAGUCCGUGGAUGCAACACCACCUUCGUCGCCACCUGCAGGCCGGAGGGCGAGGGAAAACGUGUUCUCGAGGUUGACCAGCACCGGCACAGCCCCACUAGCCAAGCCAGACAGGGGUGUGAUCAGCGUGUUCACAGGCAAACCCAUCUUGAACAAGUCUUCUCCGCUGGUGUGCACUCACGUUGCCGAGGGCCACAGCAAAGCAGUGCUGUCUCUGGCAGUCACGGACGACGUCCUCUUCAGCAGUUCCAAAGACCGCACGGUGAAGAUCUGGAACCUGCACACGGGCCAGGAGAUCCAGAGCUUGCGGGGCCACCCAGACAACGUGGUGGCGGUGCGCUACUGCGAGUACACCCGCCUCACCUUCUCGGUCUCCACCGCCUACAUCAAGGUGUGGGACGUGAGGGAGAACCCGGCCAAGUGCGUCCACACCCUCUUCUCAUCGGGCAACUGCGAGAAUGGACCCGUGGUAGCAGACUCGGCCUCGCGCAGCCUCCAGAUUCCACAGAACGAGACACGCAUCAACGCCAUUGAGUUGAACCAGUACGGCACCCUGCUCUUCUCGGCGGCGUCCAACAUCGUCCGCAUCUGGGACCUCAGGAGGUUUGCCUGUGUAGGCAAGCUGGCCGGAGGCCAUCAGGCGGCCGUCAUGUGCAUGGCUGUGGACGACCCUGGCGUUGAUUCCAGCCUCGUCGUGACGGGCUCAAAGGACCACUACAUCAAGGUGUUUGAGAUUCCUGAGAGCGGGAAUGGGGUGCUGACGCCCAAGAUGAACCUGGAACCUCCCCACUACGACGGAAUCCAGAGCUUGGCCCUUUGCAACGACUACCUGUUUUCCGGCUCCAGAGACUACUGCAUCAAGAAGUGGGACCUGUCGAGCCAGUCGCACAUUGUGUCCCUGAACCAGGCCCACAAGGACUGGAUCUGCGCGCUCAGCUUCAUGCCGAACCCCGGGGGCCCGCCCGUGCUGCUGAGCAGCUGCCGGGGCGGCAUGCUGAAGCUGUGGAAUGCCGACAACUGCUCCCUCGUUGGCCAACUCAGGGCCCACACGUCGCCCAUCAACGCCAUCGCCACCAACUCGUGUUGCGUCUUCACCGCCUCCAACAACAACGACAUAAAAGUCUGGCGCACGCCAGGCUACUACCUUGAGGCAGACUCAUCAUUGGAGGAUGCCGAAGGCAACGUCAAGUCUGGGCCUUGAAGAACCCCCGUCCUGCCAAGUUCCCGCUCGAUCAACUCUGCAUGCCCGGCUUGCCAUGUUCCCGCUGCAUUUGCUUGGCCUCCGAAUGCUCUCUUAACUGCAAUGCUGCUUCUGCUGCUCUAUGGGCUCUUCGUCCCGUCUUCCUUGGUUGCAUUGCCUCGAAUUUGCCCUUGUUUGUCUCUGUUUGUGUUGACUGGUACUAGAAUACCGUGAUGCGAUCAUGCAUUUAACGGGGGUCGAGUGCACUUUGCCGUACCUGCCAAGUUGAGGUCUCCGCUGUGGAGGAAGGUAGCAGUUUCAACGGUUGCUUUAGAAACGGACGUGUGUUUGGAGAACUACAAACAUAUUUUGUCAGGUUGGGUGGAACUUUAUGAAAUGGACGAUAGUGACUAGCAGGAUCACGGGCAGCCCUGGAACAGUGGGGUCCUCCACCGCUCUGCCGUGCGGAGGAAACUUGUUGAAGGACUCCGCGUGAUGGUACCCAUGUGCAUAGAAUGGGCAAUGAAAGAUGUUGAAUGGAGCUUUGUGCAUGGUUUGUGCUAGACAGCUAGAAGACUAUUGCAUCGGUGAAAUAACAUAAUCUGUCCGCUGCUAACUAGACUAAGAGCAGUGGUAUAAAGCCUUGGUUUUGUUGUGUAGUCUCGAAGCUGAAUGUGUGCAGCAUGGUGCAAUGGAUGCACGUUCCCCGUUGCUUUCUGUUUGGUAACCUCUCCCUCCCCUCCCCUCAUCAGCGACCACACCGUCCGAGUCUGGCAAGUCAGGGGCAGCACGGACCUCUCGCCGGACAGCUGAGGACAUCCCAUCAUUCCACCGAGGCAGCUUUUGCACCGUCCGCCAAUUGUCUUUCAUUUUGGGCUGACCUGGUUCCUUCUUGAAUGGACACUGAAGAGCACACAACUGCAUUUUUGCUAGACUUUUGUUCCAUUUAGAAUUAGUUUCCAGUCUGAAUUCAAGGUAGUUUGAAUUACUUUGACUUCAAUAGUAGUCAAUCAAUUAUAGUUUGGUGCUACGAGCUACACCACGAGUUGCGAAAACGUGUUGCUACAAAUGCCUGGCUCUCAGAACUGGAGGCUGUGAGUUGUUAGCAUUUUCUUACGAGACCUUAUACUGUAAACGACUUAUUUUUCCUUGGCUCAAUAGUUCGCCAUUGAGGUCAAAGUUGAAGUUUUGGAAGAAUUUGUGGGUUCUAAUUUUUGUGACGCGGUGGGAUCUCAAUAUAGAUUCCAAUGUGUUUACAUUUUACCAGAAUUGUUCGCAGGACCCAUUGUUCUCAAAGUGUAGGUGAUUCGCAGAAUUCGCGAAAAUUAGGUCCUUGCGAAAAUAAAGUCGUUUACAGUAUAUGGACAGUCUAAAACAUUUUCAAGAUUAUUAUUUAAAAAUAUUUGUGCAGUUUAUUUUCUAAAAAUUGUAGUUUUAAAAGAAAUUUGGCGAUGCCACACUCAAGUUAGGCAAGAGAAAUGCUUUUUCAGUGUUCAUUUGGGAGGCACUUUUAAUAUACAUUCCUCACCAAAGUCAUUUUUUAUUGCAAUCAAAGUUUCAUCUUGUUUUCUUUUGUUCCAUUAAUGAAACAUAGUACUACUUUUUGUUGUUCAUUGACAGCUGGCUUGUGACAGCUAGUGCCAAGUUUGGUGUCUUGCAAAUGCUGCGGUUUUUUUCUGCACAUUGCAUCUUGGUAGUUAUGCCACAUCAUGUUUCAGCUAUUUAUAUACACACUAUUUAUUAAUAUAUUGCGGUGGGAGAGGAGGUUGGAACCUCAGGUGCAUGUUGAUUUUAGUGGGAUAGGGAGCUGUGCAAAGCUUUCCAGUUUUCCAAACUUAGCAGAGGUUAUAUUUUCACUCGGAAGACCUCAAAGAUCAUUCCUUAAUCAGAACAUUCCAUGCUGCAAGAAAUGCACUUAUGUUUCUUUUAAUGUGUAGGAAUGCAGAAAAUGCGUUAAGGUGUCGUUUUAAUGCUGCUUUUAUUCACUGCUUGUGCGUGCUGCCUUAGUUAUAUAACGUAUGGGCGCCGACCGAUUUUUCGGAUGCUGAUAAUUCGGACCUAAAGGAGGAACUGUGACCUGCCCAAUAGGGGGAGUGCAUAUUCACGACCAAUGUUUCGAACAGCUUCAAGUCUGAAAGUGGUUUUUCGAACAAAAUCGUUGCAAGUGAUCAGCAGAAAACACCAUUGAGAAGGCCACCAUUCUGGAUUUUAUGUUGGCUGUGCAUGGAUUACUUGGUUUGGCAGCUCUGCCUGAGUACAUUCAAGUCCAACCGCUAGGCGACACUAUGCUGUGGCUUUUUUUUUUUCUUUCUUUAGCUUGUCAUUACCAUUUUGCUUUGUUUAUUCGCCAUUCUGCUGUCGAUCUCGUCUGGGUGAAUUGUGUUUUCGAACCACGUUGGCUUCGACGUCAUAGCCCCACUUCCGCCACCGCCAAGUGCCGCUAACAAAGUACUCAACCAUACCGCUAGGAAAGAAGGCAGCGAUGCUCAAGCUAAUAGAAAGUGGCCCAAUGCAAGCAUAAACGUAACCUGAAGCAAGGUAAUUGUGACGGCUUUUUUAAGCAGACUUAGAUGUAAUAAAGGCAAGUUUUCUAAUCUGCUGAUUUUUCGACUGCUCUCUUAUUUGCAAGUCUUGGGUCCCUGCGAAAUCCAAAUAAUCGGUCGGCGACUGUAUGUUCAAAAAUCCCAACGUAUAAAGUAGUAUGCAUUUAUUUUAUUUCCAAGGGGAGUGCAGAAUGCAGUUGGUACGCGUUUCAACAAAACAUUGUUUGUUGGGAGUACAGGAAAGAACCCGUGUUGCCUGAAGCGUGGCUGCAUGUCCUGAAGUGAUGCAUUCCACCGCAUGUACAAAGUGUAAAGUAGCAGUUAAUAAAACACUACUAGAAA